UCGAGCCCACCAUGAACCAAUCGGAGCAAGCCAUUCAGAGUCAGGCGGGGAUAUGCAAAUCCAGUUUGAAAAGUACAGCGGGAAAUCUGAGUUUCGCGGGAGGACCUUCGCGCGUAAACCGCAUCCCUUCAUUCAUUGUCAGCUUCCUGGAGCCAUUUUUCAGCCGCGGCAGUGGCGGGGCGGUCGAGCCGGGGCCCUAGUACUCUCAGCCGCGCAAUCCACCGCCAUCUGCCUCCCCCGGUGCUUGAUACCCCUCCGCUGAGCGUGUCCUAUGAAUCCUGGGCUUCUCCUCUAACCACAUCCCCGGCUAUUUCCAGCGCAAAGGCCCGGAUCGGAAGGAGGGAGAGCGAUCCCGGCCCGGGGACAGGAGCGGCGCUGGAGUAGAGCGGGGGCCACUAGUCGGGAAGAUGAGAAAAGGAAUCCAGGGCGGGCGCGAGAAGCUGCUUCUUCCAGGGCUGCAGGGAGCGGACAAGGGUUCCGGUCUGGCGGGGGGGUUCAUCGCCGGGGGAGGCGUUGGCGCAGGGGGCGGCGGAUACGUUCAGAUUCUCUCUUCCCCCGGUCCCCAACUACAUCACCACGGACUGUGUAUCCCCGAGCAAACGGGCAGUUUCAUCUACUCUACCCCUCACGGACCCGCCGCCAGAGCCGGCCAACUCCAGCCAACAUUGGGGCGCCCACCGGCAAAGAGACGACUAGAACUUGGUGAUGGAAGCCAUCAGUAUCUCUCCGAUGGGCUAAAGACACCAAAAGGCAAAGGAAGGGCUACCACACACUGUCCAGAUAGCCCAAAAACUCCAAAGUCUCCCUUGGAAAAAACCCGAUAUGACACUUCCCUUGGACUCCUGACAAAGAAGUUUAUUCAGCUGCUCAGCCAAUCUCCUGAUGGCGUUGUGGAUUUAAACAAAGCUGCUGAGGUCCUGAAGGUGCAGAAAAGAAGAAUUUAUGACAUCACAAAUGUACUAGAAGGAAUUCACCUCAUUAAAAAGAAAUCUAAGAACAACAUACAGUGGAUGGGCUGCAGUUUGCCUGAUGAUGGAGGCAACUUGGCAAAAUCUCAGGAACUUUCUAAGGAACUCUCCGAACUUGCUCAAGAGGAGAGUAAACUGGAUGAGUUAAUAAAGAACUGUACUCUAGAUCUAAAACUCUUAACAGAAAAUGCAGAGAAUCAGAGAUUAGCUUAUGUAACGUAUCAAGAUAUACGCAAAAUCAGUGGCCUUAAGGAACAAACUGUCAUUGUAAUAAGAGCCCCUCCAGAAACAAGACUUGAAGUGCCUGAUCCGGUUGAGAGUUUGCAGAUCCAUUUGUCCAGCAGCCAAGGAGCAAUUGAGGUAUAUCUGUGUCCUGAAGAGAGUGAAUCCAGCAGCCCAGUAAAGCCGUGUAGUCAAGAUCACAAUGGAAAUGUAUCUAAACCUAAACAACAAUCCAAAGAUCCGCUGUCCCCGAACAUGGAAAAUGGGAAUUCCUCCGUGGAAGGGAUAUCCCCUUUAACCUCUCCAAGCAACCUCCUUCAGCAGACAGAAGAUCAAAUAUCUUUAAAUUUGGAUGCCCCUUUUGUAAACUUGCUUCCUCCUCUCAUGCAAGAAGAUUACCUAUUAAGUCUUGGUGACGAGGAGGGCAUCAGUGAUCUAUUUGAUGCUUAUGAGCUGGAAAAGCUGCCAUCUUUGGAUGACUUUAUGUGCAGUUGAUUGCCACACUAAUUAAUCCCUUUUACUUGAACACCGUGUGAUGAACUAGUCUGUUUUUUUUUUUUUUUUGUUUAUUUUUGUUUUUCUCCUCCCCUAUUUGAAAAUGAAAGCAGAAUUUCUCGCUAAUAACCACACCACCAUCUCUCCUGAGCCAUCCCAACAAGCCAUCUAGAAGAAUUGAGUAUCUCUACUGAUAAAGAGAAUUAAUUUGCUGCUUCAUCAGGGCUAUGCAAGAUUUAGGGGCGAUGCUUUGGGAUCUACCAAGGCCUUAACAUUCAACACAAUGUUGCUGAAUUUUCAGGUCUCCCAGUGAAUCUUAAUGACAUUACUCUCAGCCUGUGCCUUGGUACUUUAUGGCUUUGCGCCUCCCCAAUAAAUGGCAGUCGUCUGGGAAGGUUGUGGGGGUACGUUUUAAUAUUGCCUACUUUUCAGCUGUUUUACAAAAUGAAUUUUAUUCAGAAUGAUGCAAAUAAGAUUCCAGCUUCCUCCAUGAAUUGUGCUUAGCUGUACUAAAGUGCCUGCCAGUUGUUUUUUUGUAACUAGAAAAAAAAUUUGAUGUACUCCAGUUUUUACAGUGCUUUAAUACACAAACUGUUCUAUUUAGUUCACGGUGGGUAUGCUGCUGAAAUGAUGCUAGUAAGCGUUUCCCCACUAAACUCUUGGGGUGUUGAUCUCCCUUAGGCUUUGUAAGGGAAUGUGCAGACAGUUGCUUAAUUCUCAUGUUACAGACGGCCGAUUGUAAAGUCUGUACCUAUAAGGUUGAAUGCUAGUUUGUUGCAGCAUGUUCUGCAUUAGAUGCAGGUAGAAGCAAACUUGCACUUUAUCAUUUGACUUGGGUAUUGUGUUCAUGCAGCUGUGCAUUCAGAAAUUGGGGAUAUUUCUGGUCAUAGGGAGCAGUGGAUUUGCAUUUAGAUUGCAGAGUCGGAUGCCCCCUGAAUGUUACCAGUAAGUCUCUCAUGCACACUAUUCUGAAACACAAUCCCAGUGUAAGUAUAUCUGCAUCCCAUUGACUAUUAGGACAUCUGUUGUUCCCUUCCCAAUUAGGGUUCUGUAUUCGGCCGCAUCUUUCGCGAAGGAUUUGGGGGUUCGGCCGAAUCCAAAAUAGUGGAUUUGGUGCAUCCCUAGUUUUCAUAUUCGCCUCACAGCUAAACUCUUGACUGGGUGCUAAUUGAGAAUGUGAAAUACAAUUACAUUUUUGCACUCGCUUUGGCAAAGAUCUUCUAUUUAUGUUGUGAACAUUAGACACAGCCAUAGGGAUUUCAGAAUACUUCUAAAUGAAGUUAAAUGCGUGUUCUGAAUUUGUUUCUGCAAGACUAUAACGUUUACCAGGCUAUGCCUUUUGGCAGCACAAAACUGGCAGUUAAAUAAUUAACAGGCUACGUAUAUAAUAGUAAUUUUACUAUACAUUGUAGCACAGGGGUCUCCACAACAUAUCGACAGCCAUUACCAUCAGGUUUUCUGGUAGCAUUUGUCGCUGCUAUGUGGGCUCACAAAAUGGAGAGGGUGUGCAGAGAAAUGCAAGUCUGUUAUAAAUGUACUUUUAUUAAAUGGUAGCUAUAUGUUAUCAGUGUUAAGCGUGUAUGUAUAGAUGUGUGCAUAUUUAAUUCGUCAGGUCUGUGGAAGUCGACAUUUUCUGCUCUGUGUAAAGGAGAAUUAGGCAUCUUAUCUGGUGGGGAGGGGCACAAUUCUAAAUUAAGAUUUCUUGUUUUAUUUAACUUUGGGGUUUUUUUUUCGUUUGGUUUUGUGAAUGAAUUUUUGUGAGCAUGUUAUUGUGUGUGAGAAAAUUAUUCCGGGUGGAGAAUCUUGGUUUCCAUAUUUAUAAGAUUUACAGGGAGGCAAACGGGUGGAUGUUUGUAAGGAAACUUCCCUCCGUUACGGGAUUUAUUUGGGUGGGAGGAAAUUGCUUCCGAUUUUGUGGUUAAGCUAAAACAAAUGUAAAAUAAUGUAAAAAGCUUUUAAAUGCAAUUUGUAAAUAGUCAUUACAGGACCACCUGUAGUUUAGCUUUGUUGCUACUUUGAAUGGAUGUCCUUUGAAUACAUUUUUGUAAAGUAAUCAAUAAAAUAAUUUUUCUAAA